AUGUCACCCGCGGCACCGUCACCCAGAUUGCGCUACCAAGCAGUAGCGAGCACUAUCACCACGACAUGCUUUAUUUCUAAUCUGCAUUGCCCGUCAUGUGUCGACGGUAUCCAGGCCUCUCUCAGCGCGCUCGAUCCCCCGCCACAGGACGUUCUUGUUUCCAUUGUUUCGCAUUCAGUGGUUGUGCGCCACGCCACAAGCCUUGACGUCGACGACAUCACGAUCUCGCUCGAGGCUGCUGGAUUCGAGAUACAUAGUGUGUUUCAGGACAACAAGGCGGUUAGGAAUCCGAUCGAGGUGAAGAACCCUGAGGGAACGAGCAGGGAGUGGCACACAAGCUUUGAACGUGCUGUGAACAAUUGGUUACGUCCUGUCGCAGGCCUCGACGGUUCGCACGACGACAUGAAGAAGAAAGAGACACAUCUCGCUCAAUGUGAGCAGUGUAAGAGAGAAGGUGGUGGAGUCACCUUGCACAGCCAAGGGGUAUCGCCGUUCAAGCCUGCGCCUGUCGUUACGUCUUCGCCUAGGGGUAGUCUUGAUGGCUCUACAUCGCCUGAACCAAAGUCGCCUACAUCCGAGUCUUUCGUCGCUGUUGACUCAUCUGCCGCUUCACGGGUUUACAAGGUGACGCUAGCUCUCACUGGAAUGACGUGCAGCUCAUGCGUCUCCGCUAUCACCCACGCGGUUCAACAACAUCCAUGGGUUCAAUCGGUCAAUGUCAAUCUUCUGACAAACAGCGGUGUGAUUGUAUUCAGUGGCAAGGACAAAUGCGGAGAGGUUGUCGAGACGAUCGAAGACUGCGGUUUCGACGUUGCAGUCGAGAAGCUGGAAGAGGUCCAGCACAUGUCAUCAAAAACGGUGGCGGCAUCGAAGCAGCAGACCGAGAAAUGGCGCGCAACAUAUUCCCUCGGAGGCCUCACAUGCUCCGCAUGCGUCGGAAACGUGAAUCAAGCGCUGCAACCUCUUACAUGGAUCGAGAGAGCCGACAUUAACCUGAUCUCGAACAGUGCGACCAUCGUUUUCCGGGGUAAAGAGCAUCUUCCUGAAAUCAAGGAAACCAUCGAAGAUAUCGGAUACACUGCAACACUAGAUCAGGUCGUACAAGAAGGAACUGCGUUGACCGAGAGCAUGGAACGUUCUGUCGCAAUUCGCAUAGAUGGUAUGUUCUGUCACCACUGCCCAGACAACAUCACGCGAGGAUUGCAAGAAGCGUUCGCAGAAGAAGAUAGUCUCUUGAUGGAGGACCCGCCGAUAUCUCUACAGCAACCUAUCCUUCACAUCAGAUAUGUACCGAAUUCUCCUCGGUUCACGAUUCGAAAAAUCUUCGCAACAAUUGAAAGCUUUAACCCUGCAUUCCAGCCCUCGGUCUUCCACCCUCCGACUCUUGAAGAGCGAGCGCGCGAGAUGCAUGCGCAAGAGCGGACACGUAUUCUGUUCCGUCUUGUACUGUGCAUCAUAGUCGCUAUCCCUACGUUUGUCCUUGGCAUCGUCUUCAUGAGCUUGAUUAGCUCUAAGAAUCCUAUACGUAGAUAUCUCAUGGGCAGCAUGUGGGCAGGCAAUGUUACUCGACUCAGCUGGGCGCUGUUCAUCCUCUCUACACCCGUCUACUUCUUCGCCGCCGAUACGUUCCACCGCCGCGCGCUAAAAGAGCUGAGAUCGAUGUGGCGACCAGGGAGCCGAACACCGUAUCUACAUCGCUUCACACGUUUCGGCAGCAUGAACAUGCUCAUCUCGCUUGGAACAACGAUCGCAUAUCUGGCGUCUAUUGUUGAACUCAUCUUGGCCGCCACGAAGAAGUCUUCUGGCUCGAUGAAUGAUUCCUACUUUGAUGCGGUGGUCUUCUUGACGAUGUUCCUACUCAUUGGUCGAUUCUUGGAAGCUUACAGUAAGGCGAGAACUGGCGAUGCUGUCACCUCGCUUGGUAAGCUCCGCCCAAAUGAGGCUAUCCUUGUUGAUGCGGAGAAAGGCGACACCAGGAUCGCUACUGAUCUUCUUGAGAUUGGUGAUGUCGUCCGAGUCCAUAAUGGCACUUCGCCGCCUUUUGACGGAGACAUCAUUGAAGGCAACUCGAACUUUGAUGAAUCGAGCUUGACUGGUGAAUCGCGUCCGGUCAAGAAGGCAGAGGGCGAUACAGUCUUUUCCGGCACUGUCAACAAAGGCGCUCCAAUCAAGAUCAAAGUCACAGCCAUAUCUGGUACUUCGAUGCUGGAUCAGAUUAUCAAUGCUGUGAGAGAAGGACAGUCGCGCCGCGCACCUGUUGAGCGUGUCGCUGACACGAUUACCUCGCAUUUUGUACCUUUUGUCAUUGCCGCCGCCAUAAUUACAUGGCUUGUUUGGCUGAUUCUCGGUACUACUGGGGCCAUACCUAGCGACUGGAAGAACGAGAGUGCUGGUGGUUGGGAGCUCUGGUCUCUCCGCUUCGCCAUAGCUGUCUUUGUCAUCGCCUGUCCUUGCGGUAUCGGUCUGGCCGCGCCAACUGCGCUCUUUGUCGGAGGCGGUCUGGCUGCCAAACACGGUAUUCUCGUACGAGGAGGUGGUGAAGCUUUCCAGGAAGCUAGCUCAUUGGACUGCAUCGUUUUUGAUAAGACCGGUACCUUGACACAAGGUGGUGACCCAGCGGUGACAAAUCACAAGUUCGCUGAUAACCAGAACGCUGCGUUCGUGCUGGGCAUUGUCAGGGCGCUCGAGGAGAACAGUAAUCAUCCUAUUGCUCGAGCACUUGUAUCUUUCUGUGACCAGGAAGUUCACGAUACACAUGUUGCAGUCAAUGUUGAUGAGGUUCCUGGAAAGGGUUUAAAGGGUACGUUUAGGAUCGAUGGUCAAGAGAUUACCGCUAUCAUUGGUAACGAAGGCUUCAUGGCUGAUCACCACGUACCCAUUCUCGCUCAAGAUGCCUCAUCGCUACAGAAGUGGAAGUCUCAAGGGAAGUCAGUCGCUUUAGUCGCAUUGUUUCUACCACGGGACGGCGAUCAAGGUGCUCUUCAGCCUUCCAAGUCUCCCACCGAAUCAGAGUCCCUAUCAACCCCCAUUGCCGGAACCCCAAGCUCAUCAACAUGGAGACUCGCAUGUAUCUUCUCCAUCGCUGAUCCACUGCGUCCUGAAGCACUAAGCGUUAUCUCAGCUUUGCAAGAACGUGGUGUAGACGUAUGGAUGUUAUCCGGCGACAACCAAAUCACCGCCAACGCUGUAGGCGCACAAGUCGGUAUCCCCACCUCCAAUAUCAUCGCCGGCGUGCUGCCAGACCAGAAGGCAGAAAAGAUCAAGUACCUACAGCAAACGCUGACCAAGCCGCACAAGUCCUUGUUUCGUAUCCCGUCUCUAUCUCGAAACAAGAACUUGAAAGAGCAAAAGAUGAGCAAGCAAAAACGUGCAACCGUAGCCAUGGUAGGCGACGGCAUAAACGACGCACCCGCUCUCUCCACUGCCGACCUCAGCAUAGCAAUAGGUUCCGGAUCCGACAUUGCCCUUUCCUCGUCCUCGUUCAUCCUCAUCAACUCGCGCCUCACGACCAUUCUCACUCUGCUCGACCUCUCGCGCGUGGUCUUCCGCCGUGUGUAUUUUAAUUUCGGAUGGGCCCUCGUCUACAACCUGGUCGCUAUGCCCAUUGCUGCUGGCGUCUUAUUUCCCAUUACGACUGGUGGUAGCAAGAAAAUGGAUAUGCAUCAUAAUGGGAUUGGGAUGGAAGGGGGCAUGGCAAUGGAGGAGUCUGGUAGGAAGCAUGUUCGGCUUGACCCUGUCUGGGCUAGUUUGGCCAUGGCGUUGAGUAGUGUGAGUGUGGUUUGUAGCAGCUUGGCGUUGAGGAGUAAGGUGCCUGGGCUGGGGUUUAGGGUGAAUCGGGGAUUGGAGGAAGACUUGGUGGAUGGUGUGGGUAAGAGGAAGGAGAGGGCUGGGGACGAGAACAUUGUAUGA